UCUGGCCUUCACAGAACUUUUACCCUCAUUUGGUCUUGGACACUUGUCCUUUUCAACAAUCACACCUGCGGUUACUGGUACUGCCUCCACCUUAAUUGAAUCGGAGCCUAGUCUCCGCUCAUUCAACCGUUAUGACACCGUGGCCUCUGACCUUGUGAUUUGGGCCUGUGGACGUGACCUUAUUCCAUCUUUCCGAACAAGACGUGCUCUGAUUUUCCCCUUUUCGACUCUGGUAGAGCCAAUACAUUACGCGUUAUCUAGAGAUACGACCACCAUAAAAUCGUCAUGUCUUGUAAUAUGGAGAACACGAUAUCUUCGGUGGAUUCAUUGCCCACCACCCCCGCAUCGGAGGUACCGGUGCUAACGGUCUCCCCGGCCGACACAUCGUUGAAUAGCGCAGAUGUGAAGACACAGGAAGUCAAGCCGGAAGAGAAGAAGCCUGCGAAGAAGCGGAAGUCGUGGGGCCAAGAACUACCAGUUCCCAAGACCAACUUGCCUCCGAGGAAACGUGCCAAAACAGAGGAUGAGAAGGAGCAGCGUCGUAUUGAGCGCGUCCUUCGAAAUCGAGCGGCAGCUCAGACGUCCCGAGAGCGCAAAAGGCUAGAAAUGGAGAAGCUGGAGAAUGAGAAAAUUCAGAUGGAACAACAGAAUCAGUUCCUCCUCCAGCGGUUGUCUCAAAUGGAAGCAGAGAACAAUCGCUUAAGCCAACAGCUUGCUCAACUAGCUGCUGAGGUCCGCGGUUCUCGUGCCAACACUCCAAUGCCUGGUUCUCCAGCGACAGCAUCUCCUACCCUUACACCUACCUUGUUCAAACAAGAACGUGACGAACUUCCUCUCGAACGCAUCCCUUUCCCCUCUCCCUCUCUCAGCGAUUACUCCCCUACCUUGAAGCCUUCCACUCUGGCUGAGUCCUCCGACGUGGCACAACAUCCUGCAGCGGUGUUGUGUGACCUGCAGUGUCCGUCGCUGGACUCGAAGGAGAUGGAAGCGCCCUCCCACUUUUCGACCUCGGCUCAGACCUUAAACAUCACCCUACAGAUGACGUUGCAGCUCCUCUUUCUGACGAUGACUUCAACCGCUUAUUCCACGGUGAUUCAUCCGUUGAACCAGAUUCUUCUGUCUUUGAAGACGGGCUUGCCUUUGAUGUUCUCGAAGGAGGAGAUCUAUCAGCAUUUCCAUUUGAUUCUUUGGUUAAUUUCGACUCCGAGCCUGUCACCCUCGAAGGCAUCGAGAUGGCCCACGGGCUUCCGGAUGAGACUACUUGCAAGACUUCUAGCGUGCAACCCAGCUUUGGCGCGUCCACUACGCGAUGCGACGGGCAGGGCAUUGCAGCUGGCUGUUAGCGAUGAUUUCUCUCGAGGAAGCAUGUCGGUCACCGAUACCCAGAGGAGUUGGUGGAGCUGUGAGUCGCUGCUAACCUUAUUAUGGGCGAUAGACCGACUUGAGAACCAGGGACGACGCAGACGAAUUUUACAUGGUUUGAGAACAUCGCAGGUUGAUCGGCGCAAUAAUCUAGGGAAGCGUCAGAGGAGUAUCCGGAGUUCAUGGAGUUCAAAUAAUACUGAGACGUUGACGUCUCCGCUUACGGGCAAGAAUUGCUGAGGCGCUUUUCAUCUGUACAAUAAUCUUGAAUGAUCUCAAAUAAAGAGACCGCUAGCGACUGAGCGGGUUCAGUCCAAA